CUCCUAACUUCCCCCACUGCGGUUCAGUUCCGAGUCCGACUACUACUACUACUUGUAUACCUCAUGGAGAGUCUCAGAACAAGUCAGUAACGGCAGACUUUGUUUCAGCUGCUCCUUCCUCCCUUCCGGCCAGCCUUGAUUCCAUCGGUUUCCCCGUCGUUACACAUUUAUAAUAAAUAGCUUUUUGGAUUCCGAGAUUACCUUUUCUUGCCUUCCCGCGCCGUCGCCGGAUCCUCUGCAUCGGUAAGCUCUCCUCUCUCCGUUCCUUCCAUAUACUCUUUUAGGGUUUUAUUUUUCUGCCUCUUCUCAGAUUUAUCGAUGAAUAUGCACCCGCCUCAGAUCCCUUUUCUGUCUGAUGGUUGAUGUUUUCUGAUUCUCUUUUCUUUGCUUAUUGCUUUCUUCUACAGCCAUCGCCAGCCGCCCAAAGGAUGGCUACCUCUACCAACGUCUGUCUCCGCUCCGCCGCUAUCCCACGCCACCAUUCCCCGCAAGCGAAUGAUCUUCGGAUCUCCUCCCCUUCCCUCUCCUUCCGACCCACCGCCCCCCAUCCCGUCUCUCUCCGCGUCAUCCACCCCACUCUCCGCCUCAAGCCUCCUGCUCUUGUUUUAGCCGCCGGAGGCGGCACCGGUGGAUACAGCGGUGGUACCACCGGAGGAGGUGGAGGAGGGUGGAAUGGAGGAUCAGAUUCCUCCUCGUCCUCCACUCCCUCCGGCCAAGGAUUCGGGAUACUAGGCCUAUUCCUGAGCGGUUGGAGAUUGAGAGUGGCUGCCGAUCCCCAAUUCCCAUUCAAGGUCCUGAUGGAGGAGCUGGUCGGCGUAUCCGCCUGCGUACUAGGUGACAUGGCUUCCCGCCCCAACUUCGGCCUCAACGAACUCGACUUCGUGUUCUCCACUCUCGUCGUGGGCUCCAUCCUCAAUUUCACCCUCAUGUAUCUGUUGGCGCCUACAGCUGCCGCCGGUGCCUCUGCCUCAGCUCUGCCGUCUUUGUUCGCCAAUUGCCCCACCAGCCACAUGUUCGAGCCAGGGGCCUACACACUGAUGAACCGGCUGGGCACAUUCGUCUACAAGGGAACCAUCUUCGCUGCGGUGGGGUUUGCGGCUGGACUUGCAGGGACGGCACUGUCCAAUGGGCUGAUCAAGUUGAGGAAGAAGAUGGAUCCGAGCUUCGAGACCCCCAACAAGGCUCCCCCAACCCUGCUGAACUCUGUCACGUGGGCGCUGCACAUGGGGAUCAGCAGCAACUUGAGAUACCAGACCUUGAAUGGGGCGGAAUUUGUGCUGGCCAAUGCACUCCCUCCCGUGGCAUUCAAGACGUCGGUGGUGGUGCUGCGGUGCUUGAACAAUGUGAUGGGUGGGAUGUCCUUCGUUCUGCUGGCUAGAAUGACGGGAUCUCAGAGCGUUGGCCCUGCCAAACCCAUGGAGGAGGAGCCGGAGAAGGAGAAACUGCUCGAUGAUUAGUUUGAUAACAAUAAGCAGAACUUGUCGAGACUGCAUCAGCUUAGCUUAUUUACCUCGCUCUCCAUUGGAUUGUGACUUCAGUACCAGCAGCAGGGUUUUGUUUAUAUGUGACAUUAUUGUUCAGUCAUGGGAUGAAAUUGGUUCUGUCAAAUCCCAUGGGCGAGUUUGUUUGGGUUAGGUUUUCUUUACGCAUUGACUACUGCUUCAGCAGUAGAAGCUGUUUUAAGUAGGGUAGUAGCGGCCAAGUCUAGACAGGCUGCCGCCGGUACUGGCUUUGUUUCUGCUCCUCCACCGAGUUUCCAAACUCUUGGGGGGUAUGCGAGUGUUUGUUUUGUUUUAGCUGUACCUUAUGGCUGAUGGCUGAUGCUUAAUAAAUGGGUGAUCGAUCCACCACUGCAUUUUCAUUUCAAUGCACUCGAGUGUAUUGCCUUGUUCAUCAUCAUACUGUGGCUUCCUACUCAAUGUAAUGUCGAAGAGAAGGUGCCAAUUUCAGGGCCAUUGAAUAUACAAGAUACGCACAG